AUGCGGCGAAUAAGGCACCAGGUUCGGCAGGACCUCCUCCGCGGAUGGCAGAGGAAACUGGCAAAUGCGAGAUAUAGGAGGAGGACUGCCGAGGCCGUCCAGCCUUGUCUCCCGGACUGGGUAGACAGGGCAUCAGGGGCCCUGACAUUCCGGAUGACGCAGGUAUUCACCGGACACGGUUGUUUCGGUGAGUACCUGCAGAGAAUCGAGAAGGAACGCACAGCGCAGUGUCACCACUGUGACCACGACCACGACUCCGCACAGCAUAUGCUGCAGGACUGUCCAGCCUGGGCAGCGGGGCGCGGAGUCGUGGUCAGGGAACUGGGGAUAGGUAUGGACCUCUCACUCCCCAGAGUCAUUCCAGCCAUUCUUGGAAAGCAAAACAUGGGGGGAGGGCGCAAGGAAGAACAGAAGGGAUCCGUGACGGGUCACAGGCUAACGCUGGACAGGCAAGGCAAAGACGGGGUCGACCAACCGCCUAGUCGUCCACCGACUCCAAAAACGGGAAUCGGAUGA